AAGUGCUGGCAUCUUGUUCAUCUGUCACAUUGGAGCAAACUUUUUGGGAGGAAAAGGACCCAUGUGGGAGGAGGCCCUGUGGAGCCGCGGACGCUACCUGCUGGAGAAGAGCGAUGGCGGCGAGAGCGGCGAGGGUCCCGACAGCCUGGGAGCAGAGGGCUUCCCAGGCGAGGCGGCCACGGAGGCGGAGAAGCCCCAGGACUGGCUCUACGAGUCCUACAACCGCAUGAGCCAGCAGCAUCCGCUCAUCGUCUUCCUGCUGCUCAUCGUCAUGGGAACCUGCCUGGCGCUGCUGGUGGUCUUCUUCGCCUCGGGACUGAAGACACAGGACCACCUGACCUUCCUCAUCACCGUGCCCACCGCCCUCUUCCUCUUCCUCUCCAUCUUCAUCCUGGUGUGCAUCGAGUCCGUCUUCAAGCGGAUGCUCCGCCUCUUUUCUCUCCUAAUAUGGGCGUGUCUGGUCACCAUGGGUUACCUGUUCAUGUUCUCGGGAGGGAUCCUCAGCCCCUGGGACCAGGUGUCCUUCUUCCUCUUCAUCGUGUUGGUGGUCUACACCAUGCUGCCCUUCUCCAUGAGAGGCGCCAUCAUGGCCAGCGUCCUCACCUGCCUGUCACACACGCUCACCCUCAGCGUCUGCUUGGCCUCCGCCGCUGACUUGGAGCCUCUGGUCUGGCAGAUCCUGGCCAAUGUCAUCAUCUUCACCUGCGGAAACCUGGCGGGGGCGUACCACAAACACCUGAUGGACCUGGCCCUCAGGCAGACCUACCAGGACACCUGCAACUGCAUCAAGUCCCCCAUUAAACUGGAGUUUGAGAAGCACCAACAGGAGCGUCUGCUCUUGUCCUUGUUACCUUCUCACAUCGCCCGAGUCAUGAAAGCCGAGAUCAUCCAACGUCUUCAGGGACCAAACUUCGGUCGAACCGAGAGCACCAACAACUUCCACAACCUCUACGUGCAGCGACACACCAACGUCAGCAUUCUGUACGCUGACAUCGUGGGCUUCACCAGGCUGGCUACUGACUGUGCGCCAGGGGAGCUGGUGCACAUGCUCAAUGAACUCUUUGGCAAGUUUGACCAGAUAGCAAAGGAAAACGAGUGCAUGCGAAUUAAGAUCCUGGGAGAUUGUUACUAUUGUGUGUCGGGCCUUCCGGAAUCUCUGCCUCACCACGCCAGGAACUGUGUGAAGAUGGGCCUGGACAUGUGUGAGGCCAUCAAGAAGGUCCGAGACGCCACAGUCGUUGACAUCAACAUGCGCGUGGGCGUCCACUCUGGGAACGUCCUGUGCGGCGUGAUCGGCCUGCGCAAGUGGCAGUAUGACGUGUGGUCACAUGACGUGACACUGGCCAAUCACAUGGAGGCGGGAGGUGUGCCAGGGAGAGUCCACAUCUCAUCGGUCACUCUGGAGCACUUGAAGGGCUCCUAUGAGGUGCAGCCUGGAGACGGACAGAGUCGCGAUUCCUACCUGAAGGAACAUGGAGUGGUGACCUACCUGGUCAUCAACCCCAAGACUGAGAGGCACAGCCCCCUGCUGGGCUUGCGCUCUCGCCCGUCUCUGGAUGGCGGCAAGAUGAGGGCGUCCGUGAGGAUGACCCGCUACCUGGAGUCCUGGGGGGCCGCCAAGCCCUUCGCCAACCUGCACCACCGUGACAGCAUGAGCACGGACAACGGCAAGAUCAACACCACCGAUGUUCCCAUGGGGCAGUACCACUUCCAGAGACGGGAGAGGUCCAAGUCUCAGCGGAGAAGAUUCGAAGAGGAACUCAAUGAGCGGAUGAUUCGCACCAUUGAUGGAAUCAACUCGCAGAAACAGUGGCUGAAGUCCGAGGACAUCCAGAGGAUCUCCUUGUUCUUUCACAACAAAGCUCUGGAGACCGAGUACAGAUCCACCACCUUGCCUGCCUUCAAGUACUACAUCACCUGCGCCUGCCUCAUCUUCUCCUGCAUAUUCAUCGUGCAGGUCCUCGUCUUGCCCAAAAGUGCAGUGCUGGGGAUCUCCUUUGGUGUGGCCUUCCUGCUGCUGGCUCUCAUCCUGCUGCUGUGCUUUGCUGGUCACCUCCUGCAAGGAAGGAAAGGAUCUGUGUGCUCCUUCUUCCCGUGGUCCAACACUUCCUCCCGCGUCAUCGUCACCGACAACCCCUGGCUGCGACUGGUCCUCACCGUGACGACCACCGCGCUCAUCCUGGUGAUGGCCGUCUUCAACAUGUUCUUCGUGAAGGAUCCUGCAGCAUCCAUACAGGAAGUCUUGGCGUCGGACUUACCUGAACUUAGCGGAAGCGUUCCACCUGUGAAUACCACCAAUGACACCAUGCUGCACUUCCAUGUGGAGACGGCAGGAGAAAGCAGGUUUUACCUCCCAUACUUCAUCUACUGCUGCAUCCUGGGUCUGGUGUCGUGCUCCGUCUUCCUGAGGAUCAACUACGAGCUCAAGAUGGUGGUGAUGCUGGUUGCCGUGGUGAUCUACAACGUCAUCAUCCUCCAGACGCACGCCUCCCUGCUGGACGGCUUCAGCAAGGCUCUGUACGCCACGGAAACACUGGAAAGGCCAGGAGUCCUGAAGGACCUAAAGACCAUGGGCUCGGUGUCUCUCUUCAUCUUCUUCAUCACACUCCUGGUGUUAGCCAGACAGAAUGAAUAUUACUGUAGGUUGGACUUCCUGUGGAGGGACAAGUUCAAGCGGGAGUGUGAGCAGAUCGAGACCAUGGAGAACCUCAACAGGGUCCUGCUGGAGAACGUCCUUCCCGCCCACGUGGCCGAACACUUCCUGGGGCGCAACUGGAAGAACGAGGAUCUUUACCACCAGUCGUACGAGUCGGUGUGCGUGAUGUUCGCCUCCAUCCCGGACUUCAAGGAGUUCUACACCGAGUCAGACGUCAACAAGGAAGGGCUGGAAUGCCUGCGCCUUCUCAAUGAAAUCAUAGCCGAUUUUGACGAGUUGUUGUCCAAGCCAAAGUUCAGCGGAGUGGAGAAGAUUAAGACCAUCGGAAGUACGUACAUGGCGGCCACUGGACUCAACGUCACGCCGGCGCCCGAGUGCACGCAGGAGCAUGACAGACAGUACAUGCACAUCAGCACCAUGGUGGAGUUUGCCUUCGCACUGGUGGGCAAGCUGGACGUCAUCAACAAACAUUCCUUCAACGACUUCCGACUGAGAAUCGGGAUAAACCACGGGCCCGUCAUCGCGGGCGUCAUCGGGGCCCAGAAGCCUCAGUACGACAUCUGGGGGAACAGCGUGAACGUGGCCAGCAGGAUGGAGACCACCGGCCUGCUGGGGAAGAUCCAGGUGACGGAGGAGACCAGCGAGAUCCUGUCCACGCUGGGCUACAUCUGCUGGUGUCGGGGCAUCAUCAAGGUGAAGGGCAAAGGUCAGCUGAAGACCUACUUGGUUCACACGGAGAUGACCUCAUCGCUGUCGCAAGGCACCGUCAUGCCUUGAGCGCCGCACUGAUUGGUCCUCACUUGUCAAGUGCUCUCUGAGGAGUGUUUGCUAAAGAGCAGGCCGGUCAAGAGCUCGAUGAACCACGUCAGUGGCCAGGAGACUUUUCUUUGUCUCAUUAGGGUCAGCUGGAGCCUAUCCCAGAGGCACAAACAAUUUAGGUUUCGGGGGACGCAGAACAUUGAAAGGCAGACGUCUUACAUUGUGCUGUGGAAGAAGUGUCAGCUCACAGAUGCUCCUCUGGAUCACUUUCUGAAGGUCAGUGGAACCUCCAAAGGUGAACACAAUGUGUUCUGUCUCGCGGUGUCCCAAUCCGAUAUCGCUCCGAUAUCGACAAAAAGAAAACAGGUAUCGGAUUACAAAGCCCAAAAGCAGUGCAGUUGACAAGAUAUUUCAUGUUCACACUGAGAAACUUUCUUAUUUGUUGCAAAUAUUAGCUCAUUUGGAAUUUGAUGUUUCAAAAAAGCUGGCACAAGUGGCAAAAAAGAGUGAGAAAGUUGAAGAAUGCUCAUCAAAGACUUAUUUGGAACAUCCCACAGGCUAAUUGGGAACAGGUGGGUGCCAUGAUUGGGUAUAAAAGCAGCUUCCAUUCACAAACAAGGACGGGGGCGAGGGUCACCACUUUGUCAACAAAUGCCUGAGCAAAUUGUUUAAGAACAACAUUUCUCAACAAGGAAUUUAGGGAUUUCACCAUCUACGCUUCCGUAAUAUCAUCAAAAGGUUCAGAGAAUGUGGAGAAAUCACUGCACGUAAGCCAUGAUAUUACACACCUUGGAUCCCUCAGGCUGUACUGCAUCAAAAAGCCGCAUCAGUGUGUAAAGGAUAUCACCACAUGGGCUCAGGAACACUUCGGAAAAACACUGUCCGUAACUACACUCUUAGAAAUAAGGGUUCUAAAAGGGUUCUUCUACAAGGGCUGAGGUUCUAACUGGAACCAUUUGCUUCUGAAAAACCCUUUCCCGAAGAAAGGGUUUUUCAAGGGUUCUUGGUAACGCUAAUGGUUCCAGUAAGAACCAUUUUGAUCCAGAGAA